GACUCUUCCCGUCACUCACCUAUAAAAGCCUGGAGUCUCUGCUGUAAGACACACUCGCUCAGCUGUGGCCACAGUUGAUACUCUUCAAACAUGAACUUUUUGGUGUUUGUGUUCCUGGCGGCUGCCGUUUGCGCUUCUGAUGUUGAGAAGCGAGAUGCGGAGCCCGGCCACAAAUAUCUGCGCCCACAUUAUACCCCAUACCGUCAUCAUGCUGGUAAAAGGGAGGCAGAGCCAGAGGCUGAUCCAACUUAUCCUUUACACUACGUUUCAUCAUACCCUUACUUGAAUAAACACUAUCGCUAUCAGAGAUCUGCAGAGCCAGAGGCUGAACCUACCUACCCUCGUUACUAUGUCCCAUCUUACCCUCACUUGAAUCUCUAUCGCCACGUAAGAUCUGCAGAGCCAGAGGCUGAACCUACAUACCCUCGUUACUAUGUCCCAUCUUACCCUCACUUGAAUCUCUAUCGCCACGUAAGAUCUGCAGAGCCAGAGGCUGAACCUACAUACCCUCGGUACAAUGUUCCAUCCUACCCUUCAGUGAAAAGCCACUACCGCUACAGGAGAUCUGCAGAGCCAGAAGCUGAACCUACCUACCCACAUCUCUAUAUUCCAUCAUACUACAAAGUGAAUUCCCGCUAUCGCUACUCGCAGGCUGUAGCAUUGAAGAAUUAUCCAGUUCGGCUCAUCUGGAAUUCAAGCCCAAAAGCUUCAAGCUGCGGUCGAAGCAUCUACUGUGUUGCAUAUAAAAUUGCCGAACAACAGAAAUGCCACACCAUUGCAGAGAAUCUGAUUAUGCCUUGUGCAUACGAGAUGGUAAGCAAGGUCUCCGUCGAUGGAGCACCGUCGAUGAUGGGUGGUCAUCGUGGAUUACGGGGCCUCAUACAAGCUAUCAAUCCAGAAAUUUCUGUAGAUCACUGCAUCAUUCAUCGGUACUCUCUUGGAUCGAAAAGCCUGCCUGGUAAUCUGAAGUUAGUGUUUGAAGAUGUGUUGAAAAUCGUCAACUUCAUCAAGUCCAGAGAUGUGAAUUCGCGCAUAUUCAAGGAGCUGUGCAAGGAAAUGGGAGAGCAGUAUCAAGUUCUGCUCUACCACACCGAUGUUCGCUGGUUGUCACGAGGCAAGGUUUAUCGCUAUCAGAGAUCUGCAGAGCCAGAGGCUGAACCUACCUACCCUCGUUACUAUGUCCCUCACCCUCACUUGAAUCUCUAUCGCCACGUAAAAUCUGCAGAGCCAGAGGCUGAACCUACAUACCCUCGUUACUAUGUCCCAUCUUACCCUCACUUGAAUCUCUAUCGCCACGUAAGAUCUGCAGAGCCAGAGGCUGAACCUACAUACCCCCGGUACCCAAAGUUCCAUCCUACCCUUCAGUGAAAAGCCACUACCGCU